AUGUCGUCCCACAGCAAUUCUCCACCACCACCUCGAGUCCCUCCCCACAUACGGUUGAACUCGGGCCAGGAGGACAUUGUCACCAAUGAUGCUAAUAGUUCGUCCAGGACGCUUGUUCCUACCUCCUCGAGGCCAGGCACAGGCUCGCGGUUACAAAAUGUCUAUAGUUCAGAGCAAAUGCAAGACUCAGCAGAAAGGCUGUUACCACCGUCAAGGACAAACCGGUUUCGAGACGACGGCUCUCCUUUAAGAUCUCCCGCACGCUCAAGCUACUCCUCACGGCGCUCUAGUUGGGAAUCAGACAGAAGUAGAGAUAGCAGAGGUUUCGAGAAUCCUUUCCGAGAUUCAAGUCAAUCGAGACCAGGCUCACGAGCUGGAAGCGACGAGAACGAUGUCAACACACAAACUGUUUCCGAAAAGUAUAACAUUCUCCCCUCAGCUGGUCUCCUAUUAUUCCCUGAAGACGUCGAAAAGGACGACUAUUUACAUAAUCCAGACCCGGCGGGAGAACAACGCGACUGUGAUAUUUUUACCAAGCGAGGUUUUGUCAAUAUCGGUGGCUUAGGUUUAAUUGUAUUAGGGAUCCUCACCUUAUUCGUUGGGUACCCUGUCAUAAGUUUCGUCCAAAAAUAUACAGCAACCACAGAUCCUUGUGCAGUCAACAAUGACUGUAUCAAUACCGGGAAAGUACCUCUCUUGAAGAAUAUGAGAUCAACUCUCAUCGACCCUCACACACCCGAAUCCGCCAAAACCAAAAAGGACUUCCAUGGCAAUACAUGGAAUCUGGUGUUUUCCGAUGAAUUCUCCGAACCAGGCCGUACCUUCUAUGAUGGCGAUGAUCCAUACUGGACUGCGGUGGAUAUCUGGUAUGGCGUGACAAGAGAUCUGGAAUGGUACGACCCCGACGCUGCGACAACGAACGAUGGUGUCUUGGAGUUGCGUUUUGAUGCUUUCCAGAACCAUGGUUUAAAUUAUCGAUCUGGUAUGGUCCAAUCAUGGAAUCAGAUGUGUUUCAAAGGAGGUAGACUUGAAGCCUCGAUUUCUCUCCCUGGAAGAGGCGACACCGUUGGGUUCUGGCCUGGGUUUUGGUCAAUGGGCAAUCUGGGCAGAGCGGGCUAUGCAGCCACUACAGACGGUCUGUGGCCAUAUUCUUACGACCACGUCUGUGACGCCGGAAUCACGGCCAACCAAAGUUCCCCCGAUGGCAUUAACUACCUUCCGGGAAUGAGACUUCCAGCCUGCACUUGCUCAGGUGAAGAUCAUCCCACUCCUGGGAAAUCGCGAUCUGCUCCUGAAAUCGAUGCCUUGGAAGCAAGUAACGCCGCAUUCGAUGAUACCGGUUACGUUAUCGGCCACGUCUCACAGAGUUUCCAGGUGGCACCUUUCGACAUCUGGUACCAGCCAAACUACGACUUUGUUGAAGUGUUUGAUUUCUCCAUCACACAAAUGAACACCUACAAAGGUGGGCCGUUCCAGCAAGCUGUUUCCGGCCUUUCCAAUCUGAACAACGACUGGUACGACGGAAAUGCAUAUCAGGUCUAUGCCUUUGAAUAUACUCCUGGAGCCGAUGGUGAUAUUAUUUGGUAUGUCGGUGACAAAACCCCCGUCUGGCGAAUGCAGGCGCAGGCUCUAGCGCCAAACGGCAACGUCGCUCAGCGUACUGUAGCCGAGGAACCUAUGUCUGUGAUUGUCAAUUUCGGCAUGUCUCCUGGAUUCUCGCCUCUCAACAUGACUGGCCUUGCACCGCUUAUGCCUGCCACAAUGCGGAUCGACUACAUUCGUAUCUAUCAAGAUGGCGAUAUGGAGUUGACGUGUGACCCUGAAGGCUUCGAGACCACUGGAUAUAUCAAAGACCACUACGACAUAUACCACAAUCCGAACAUUACCAAUUGGCCGGACACUGGCUAUCCAUGGCCGAAGAAUUCCCUUGUUGACGGUUGUUAG